AUGAGUGGGCAUUCAAAUGCAAGUUCAUUGGAAAUUUUGCAAAGGAUUGUUGAAAAUUACAGUAUACCACAUAAGCACCUUGUACAGCUUAUCAUUAAACAUGGGAUCUUGCAAGCUCAUUACUUCUAUAUGAAAUUUAUUCAGUAUGUCCAAGUCUAUGAUUCCCAGGGUAAUAGUGUUACUCAACCAGAUGAUGAACAAGAAAAAGCACUUACUGAAAAGUUAAUAGUGGUUAUCAAUAAUGCUCUAAGUUUACUUAAACUUCGACUGAUACAAACAAACGAUGAAUAUGAUGACCAGAACAGUUAUAUUGUAUUGCUCAGCGACCAAAGACCAAGUGAUUUUUUACGUGACGCAUAUGGUUUAACGCAAACCGAAAUUACGCUCUUCCAUUUGUGGGUAAACGCUAUUUGCAACAGUGAGAAUGGUGAAAUUUCGAAACACGAAGCAUUAUCGAUCGCUUCAAAUUUAUUAGUGAAGGGCAAAAAAGUAGAUGAAGAGCAUCUUCUGCAGCAUUAUAUUUCAAAUAAAUGGCUAGUGAUGGAUAGCGAAGAAGCAACGAUCCGCUUGGGUGCCCGCGGAAUUGCAGAGUUACAAAAUUACUUCAGUUCAUAUGCAGAUGAACUCCAACUUGAAAAAUGCGUUAUAUGUGGCAAGUUUAUAGUUACGAAGAACCGAGCAAUUUUCUGCAAAAUGUGUAAAACUUUUUCUCACAGGCAGUGCUGUUUGAAAAUUAUGAAAUCCGUAGGAACGGGAAAAGUUUUGUGUCCUGGUAAAUUGGAAUCUGGUGAACCAUGCACUGCAGAACUUCGUCCACCUGUCGAAAUGCAAAGCGUUAAUCAGAACCAGAAAGGUAAUCGUAAACGUCAUAUUGUAACUGACUGUGAUGAAGAAGAUGAAUAUGAUGUCGCUUUUUGCAGUGCAGAAGGAUUGCAUGAUGUAGAAAUGCAACCUUAG